GCAAAGAGCAUUCAGUCAGUCAGUCAGUCUCUCAUCAGAAGCCAAUCAGGGCUAACGUUAUAGCGUGAAUCGUCUCCGUGUGUACCCCUGCGCCUAGAACUGGGAGCAAAAUCCGUAUUGCCCCGCCGUGUGUGGUGUUCCGUUUAGGUUGGUUCUUUCCUCCUCGCUCGAGGAAAAAAGACCCCCGUUAGAAUAAACUUUUAUUGUUGCCCCUGCCUUGUUCGUGAUCGUUAUUUCGCGUUCGUGUCGGCGUUCUCUAGAAACCGCAGGCUGCAACAAACCCGAUCACGGUUCUAGCAGCUGAAGUGCUCCAUUGGAUUAUUAGGAGAGGCAUUCCAGAAAAGUUUAAAAGGGCAUAAACGAAAAUCGACCAUAGUGCACAAUAUCGAAAAAAGGCCCGUGAAUAUUCCGCUCCCCCUGCGGAGUGUGUGCGUGUGAAAUCGAAAGGAAAACGACGAAGCCAAAAAGGUGAACUUGGAGUGCCCGAUUCUGUUCCCCAAUUAUCAACCAAUUUGCCGAAACAGACGGGAGUUCUCCAUCCACCAGACGAAAGAAGAAGAAAAAACGCCCGAAAUACAUCCACAUGAAAGGAAAAAUAAAACAUGUUCAGCUGUAGCAGCACCAGAUUAUCUCACUCGGCAGCAAAUCUGGAAAUGUUGGAAAAAGUAAGGUUUUCCUGCACCCCCAACUGGCUUGUGUUGUUGUUGGCAGUCGCGGGAUGAUGUGAUGUUGUUGUCAAACGUUUCAACGUUCAAGCUCUCUGUUACUGAAGUGUUAGUGUGUGGGUGCUGUUUAUGAGAGAUCGAGGGAUAGGACUCUCAAGCUAUGUGAUAUACUAACAGCAAGUAGCAACAACAACAAACAGUGGCCGAAGAAUAGUCUGGGAAAAUUUUGGAUCCCGCGAGGAAAUUAGAGUGCGAGAAAAUGUACUCUCGUGAAUGAUUUUAGAAAUUCCAUGUAGUGUGCGUUUAGUAGUUUGAGUGGGUAAAAGGGGUAUGAAAAAAGGUUCGAAUCAAUGCGAAUUUCAGUGCGAAGGAGUAGUGAAAAAAGGAUACCACCGAAAGUAUACUAGCGUUCAAAACUGCGAAAACUGAUCCGUAAAGUUGCUCGAACUGUUAAGUUAGCUGACUUUAAGGAAACGACUAAGUCCGAUUUCAAAUUUUCGGAAUGCAACGAUCGAAUAGGCCCAGCACAAUUCCAUGAUGUGUUCGUUCAGCUCCUGUAUCGAUAGUUAGUAGUGUAGAGUAGUGCAACUUCAUAAAUCGCUAGGGCCUUCGAAAAAAAAAGAGUCACGACGAAACCCGGUGGUGAACGUAUGCUUUGUCCAGCCUGAAUCGACCUAAACGACGGGGUCCCUAGUGUGUGUCUUUUUGGCUGGUGAUCAACUGUUUCGGUUCCCUCUGAUCCACGAUUUCGAGUGGACGUGACACCGAAAAUCUGGUUCUUCGAAUGCAGCCUAGUUUAAUGUACGGCGCCGUUUGUGGAAUAGCUCUCUAGUUUUUUUUUCUAGUAGGGAAUUCGGUAAUCGACCGACCUAUAAAACAGAACACAGCCUAAGACGCGUGAUUAGAGUAGAUUAAAAAAAAUGUCCAGCUGGGCCCAACGAAUGCACCGGAGGGCUGCGACCCUCGGAUCGGUGGUCACCUCCUGUGGCCAUCCGGGUUCCCCGUAUCCCCACCGGCUGGAAAAAGUCAAAUUUGGCGUCCCGCUGGACGAGGUCUGCAAAAAUGACAUUCCGGGCCCCCUCUUGGUGCUGAUACUGAAGCUCAACAAGGAGGCCCCCUCCCGGAAGGACGUCUUCCGAGCCCCUGGCCAUCAGGGUGCCAUGAAGAAGUUGAUCCACUUCCUGCAGCAGGGCCGUCUGGUCAAUGUGGACAACUACUCGGUCUACACGAUAGCUUCGGUGCUGAAGAAGUUCCUCCGCAAGAUUCCCGGUGGCGUUUUUGGCCGGGACGGCGAGACGGAACUGUUCAAGAUCGUGGACAUCGAGGAUGAGCCGACGCAGCAGGAAAAAAUCCACAGUUUACUGAUGUCACUGCCAGGGCACACGCAGCGAUUGCUGGUGCUCCUAUUCGGAACGUUCCGGGUGAUAGCGAGCAAUUCGGAGCGGGCCGCAACCGGAAUGACCAGCGAGGCGCUCGGCGUUUCCGUGGCGCCCAGCUUCUUUCAGUCGUGCGUUAGCGACGGCAAAACCGCCCGGAUGGAAGACGUCCUCCGGUUUAAGGCGGAAGUCAGUGUGGCGACCAAGAUCAUGAAGCAGAUGAUAGAACAGUUCGCCGCGUACGAUCUGUUCGGGCGGGACAACUACGAGUAUUAUGCCCGGGUUACCGGACGCGUCCUGCGGGUUCAGGACGAGUGGAUCUGUUCGUUCCGGUAUCCGCCGCCCCCGAGGGGCAAAACGGCCCAACAGAACUAUGCAUUAAAACUAGCACUAGAAACCGAGAAAACCUGGCUGCAGUGUGAAUGCGAACGAUGGGGACUAAUCGCCCAGGAGGAAUCCCACUCGACGCCAGCGCUACUGACAACCGGAGGUCCGAACGUGGGCAACUCGGCGAUCUCCCUCGGCAUCAUUCCAGAGCACUCACUGUUGGAGUCCUGUGCUCGGCUCUCGGUAUCGCUCGAAGGUCCCGGCAUCUUCCAGGUGCCGAAGUCCAGCUGCUCCUCGUCGUCCCACUCGUCCUCGUCGACGACGACCCGAUCCGGGUCACAGCAUCACAUGACCCUGGACGAGCUGCGGGCGGUCAAUCGAUACGCCGAAAGUACCAAGAGUCUGUCGUACCUACCUCAGCAGGUUCACGAACGGCAGGCAGCCCGGAUGCGAACCCGAUCGGAGUGGUUCCUGGGGGCCCGUGGCGGAUCACUGGAACUGUGCCACGGGGCCCACCCGCAGAUGCUCACCUCGACGCCGAUCCCGGGCAGCAUCCUUGGAGGCGGAGUCGGAGGCCCGGGGGGACAUCAUCAUCCAGGACAUCAUCACGGCAUUAUCGGUACCUAUAGCAACAGUAUUGAUGAGCAUUUGAACGAUAUCGUUGUUGUUGAUGUUGAUGUUAACCACCACGACUAUCCCGCGGAAACCGCCACUAAUCAUCAUCAUCAUCAUCGUCAUAGCCGGCACCACUCUAAUCAGCACCUUCUUAAUCAUAAUGCUAGUAGAAAUCGUAGCCAUCACGAUCAUCAUAAUUUCGACGAAACGCAUUCCAUGAAUGGCGCCACGAUUGUCGGCACCGGCCUGAAACAGUUCUUCGAGCACUGCGAUUCGAUCGAAAUCGAUCCGGCGGCAGAUAUGGAUACCGGUUCCGACGACGACGACGACAUGCUGGUGGACGAAGGCAUUGAGGAUGGUUCGGACGAGCAUGAUUUUGCCAUUUCCAAGGGCCAUCACUUUGACCAGCGAGCCGAAAAUCGAAGGCUGAGGAGACGCCGGAUGUUGCAGAGGCCUCGAAGGCACUCGUACGAUCAGGUUAUGUCCAAUGCCAGCAUGUCGACCGUUAACUGUAGCCGGGGAGAAUCGGCACAGAAACCAUCUUCCGGUGGGAAAAGUGCCGGCAACACUGCCGAAGCUCCUGGAGCAGCUCCGAGUGCCAGUGCCGCCAGUCGUAGCCAUUCGAGGAACAGUUCAACGGCCGGAAACAACAGUACCCGGCAAAGUAAUUUGUCGAUACUGGUGUUUACGGUGCUUGACUUUUUGUUUUAGAGUUAAUGUUUGAAUCUUCUCUAGACAUGGAUUUGUGGUUGGAGGUAAGUUAUUACCUUUUUGAGUUCAGUUUUUAACUACCCAAAUCAGAUUAGUCCAAAGAACAAAUUUUAUUUUUUUCAUUCAAAAACCCAUGUGUUGCCUAAACAAAGGCGCAGUUUUUAUGCUGUUCUAGGAAACAAAUCCGAUUUUCAAUAAUUGUCUAAAUUCAGGUGCUUUCUAACAGUUCACAGAGAUAUUGAUAAACGUCACAGUGAUGUUCCUAAGCAUUUUCAAAGACUGUAUUCGAAAAAAGCAACACUGAGAAUUCAUGAAAUUUUGAGCAAAGCAUUGUUUUGAUGUAAUGUUUACAUGUGUAAAAAAUUUGGAUGAGAUUUUGAGUUAGCUUCCAAAACAGGAGUGCUUCAGCAGAAACAAUUGAACGCAUUCGUAAAAAUCCAUGUCAGUUCAAACGGUUUUGUAAUUCGUUGUUUUAAACGGCUGGGACCUUUGAGUUCUAAAGAUCCAAUAUCUUUUUUGCCUUUAUACAGAAAAGUUUGGUUAUUGGUCGAUUGGGGAGAUUAUUGAUUAUGGGUCUCAGACUUAUUGUUAUAAAUUUGAACUUUAUGUUUGUAUGGGAAAAUUGAAUAUUUUGUACUGAAAAAUCAACAUAUUUGUGUUUCUGCUGUGGAACCGAGCCUGCUCAUGGUUUUUGUGAUAACUUAUAAAUCCUAUUAAGGAAAUUUUCCGCUGAACAACUUUGUUGAAGACCGUAACUUCGAAUCAGAAAAGGCAAAAAAGUUAUAAGCUGGUUAACAGAAGUAGGUGUGUCUUUCGGCCUUGAAAGACAAUACAAGUAGUCCUGAAACAUGCAAUACCUCGCUAGACACUCUGCAUUGCUGUCAAUAGAAUUUAUUGGUUUUUAAUGAUAAAAAAAUGCCCUAGUUCAAUACCUAAUCUUUUUUGUCUAAUAAGAUGUUGUUCAGCGAAAAACUUCCUUUACAGAAUUUAUAAAUUUAUAGGAUUUAUAGAUUAUUAGAACCUCGUUUUUUUCUUCAACCGUAUUGAAGAAUUAUUGAUGUAAACUCAUUCAUUUCAACAUACUCAUACAGAAUUCAGAUUUAGAAUUCAGAUUCAGAGUUCAGAGUUCAGAUCCAGAAUUUAUUAAGAUUAAGAAUUCGGAUUAAGAAUUCAGAUUAAGAAUUCAGAUUUAGAAUUCAGACUAUUCAGACAGAGUUGCAAGAUCAAUUUAGAAUUUAAAAAUAGAACCUAAAUUCAAAAAUUAGAUUAAGAUUUAUAACUCAAAGUUCAAACUUCAGAAUCACAAUAACAUUCCAGAUUCAGUUUCCGAAAUGAGAUUAAUCAUUUAAUAUCCAUUUCACUAUCUCCUCCUUUUGUGGGAAUGCUUUUUACUACGCAUGGUUGAGCUCUUAAGAAGGUUUUGCUAAACCGGGAAAAACAUCCUGCAGGCAAAUCAUCUUUGCUAUUCAUUACACGAAAAAGUUGAAAUUCGUCAAUAGUGAACUUAAGUUCGAAAGCUUUACCAAAACGUAAAUUAAGUUCUUUGGUGAAUAUCAACCCGGGAAGAGGAAGGGCAUAUUUUUGCGUGUUUUCGGUUCUCAAUGUGUGUUAUUUCAUCAAAAGUUAGAAUUAAGGUUUCAUAAAUCUUGAUUCAAAAAUUUUGAUAUCUGAAUCCGUAUUGCAUUUCAGAUUCAGAAUUAGUUUUAUAAACUUGGAUUAGACAUUCAGGCUCAGCAUGAUAUUUAAGAUACAAAUUCUGAAUACAGAUUCUAGUUAGAUUCAGACUUCAGAUUCAGAAGGUCGGAUUAAGACUUCAAUAAUUCAUUCUGAAAUCCGACUCAAAAUGCAAAUGUUCAAGAUGAAAAAUUGUGAUAUAAUAUCCCGGUUUAAGGUUGAGAUUUCUUGCUCAAUAUUCGUUCCUAAAAUUAAAAUUCAAAAUGUGAAAGUGUUAUUCAGAUUGAGACUCAGAGUUCAAAUUAAUGAUCUGGAUUAAAUAUUCUUAUUCUAUGUAGAUUGAAAAUGUAAGUUCAAAACUCAGUAAUUACUCAUUUAAAUCCAAAAUCCUGUACCCAGUACCCAGUAUGGAUUCAAAAAACAUUUCCAAAACAAAUAUCAGAAAUAACAAAAUUUAGCUAGUUUUCAUGCACAACAGAUAUCUAUAUUAAAUCAUGUUGUUAGGCGAAAUUAAAGAUUUUUCAAGGAAAAGUUAAAUCAUUUUUUUAGUCAUUUCCAUUUUUAUCGCAGUUACACCAUCACAAGCAUCCAGAAUUCCCUUAAAAAGGGUUCAUAGAAGCUUAAUCCACUCUCGUUUCUAUCCGAAGAGAAUGCUCAUCAGCCCAAUAUUUAAGUUCUUAAUGCUACUUUGGAGUUCGUUUAAGUGGCUGAAGAGAAUGCUAUUCAGCCUCUAAGAGAAUGUCAAGAAACUUCUACACGCCGAAGAAAAUUUCAGUUGACAGAUUACUCUGACAACCAGAUGACAAAUUUCUAGAUGGCCGGUCUAUCAUGUUCUAUCUCUUUGAUUUUAUUUUUAAUUAUAUAGUUUUGAUUACAAAAGCUACUCACGCUUAGAGAAUUGAACUGCUGCUCUCUAGGUUGCAAUGAAACUCACCAGCUGUAGACCAAUCCAUAGCCACGGUAAAAUUUAACGAGUUACUGGGGUAGUUUUUUUUUUCAUCCCUCUUUAGAGGUAAUUUUGUAGCUAAGUAGGCCAAUCUGUAAUAUAGUUUUAUGAUACGAACUAGCACAACAAACGAAAUCUAAUGCGAAAUUUACCUUUCUGUUCCUAUUUUCACGUAUUGCCCACGAAACAAAACUUUUUUCCUGAAUUAAAAAACAACUUAAACUCAAUAAACGGGUUCGGAAAAUAGAUACCCUUUUUAGAGGUGAAUUGUACCGUUUUGUUCAGCGCAAUGCAGGUUAACUUCACCUAGCUACGAUGUAAGCUUUACCUCGAAAAAGUAGAAAAUACCCUUUUUUGGAUUUACAUUUGUUCUAGGUGAAUUGUGCAUUUUUGUUCUACUCAAUUCAGGCAAACUUCACCUUGCUCUGAGGUUAUCUUGACCUUUUUUGAAUAUACCUUUUAUUCUAGGUGAAUUCUACCUUUUUUGUCUGCUCGAUUCAGGUAAACUUUACCUCCUUGUGAGGUGAAUUUCACUUCGUUGAGGUAAAAGUUUUUUGCAUUCACCUUUUCAUCUCGGUAAAUUUUACCUUUUUAUUAUUUUGCGUGUAACUUUUUUCGUUUAAAAAACAUUCAGUUUCAGAACACUUGAUAAAUAAAAUUAAAAAUUUUUAUCAUCAAAAAUUAAUCAGAAUCUCUUAUGAUUGAUAAUGUAAAUCUCAUAAAUUCCUUCUGCCUACAUGUUACAUAUUUCAACCUUCGACGAAGUACGUUCGGAGACCUACAUUAGGAUUGUACAAAGUUAUUUAAAGGAUAUUUGGUUUUCGAGAAAUAAAGAAAACAAAAUAUUUUUUUUUGCUGGAAGCUAGGUCUGGUUAUGCAGCAUUUUGCAGCAUUUUUUUUUUACUUUUCGACAGAAAACUGAGCACUUUUUGAAAAGAGUUUUUGUUGUGUGUUUAUGAUACAAACUCGUGUCGGUACCAAACAAAAUCAACAGAAUUAUUGUUUUAUACAUAAGGCAUACUCAGUUUGGUGAAAUUUGUCAAUCUGUGCAAUGCAAAACUCUCUUUAAGACUUAAAAAAAGAUUUUAUAAUAAUCAUUCUAAUGAAACCUAAUUUGAUACCAGCACACUGGUCAGUGUUUAAAUCGGACCAAUUUGAAAUUUGAGCGCUUUUUUCUCUGUUUUCCAGUCUUGGGCUAGGAGCUUAUGAAGCUGUCAAACUUUGGACGCGUUUUUCUCGAAACCGCAAUGACAAAACGCAAAAACAGACAAAACAUUGACAGAAAUUUUCGAAAAGUCACUUAGAAUUACCAAAUAGGUUCUUUUAAAUAGCUAGAAGUAUCUUGAACGUUGCCUUAGAAAGUGUUUAGCUAACGUUAUCGACCUUCUUAAAAGAAGUUACAUUAAAAGCGCUUAGAAGUUCCGUUAUCGAUGUUUUAACCUUUCAAAAUGCGAUGGAAAUUUCUGAGUAACUUUCACGUGACAUUAGUUACCUAGAGCUCCCGUAAAACAUUUUUUCAGCAAAAAGUGAAUUUCGGAAUUCCAUCUUUAACCUUCCAAAGCCGUUCGCUAAAAAUCCGUUUCGGGGAAAUUUGAACUGUGGUUUGAUUUCGUUCUCCUGGCUGCAAAUGUUAACCGAUUUUGAUGAUAUUAUAUUCAUUGUCUAGGUAAUUUGUUCUAAUUACUCAACAUUUCAAAAUAAAGUUGAUAAGUAUUACCAGAAUAACAGAAACUGGUCCAGAAUGUAAAAAGUCCGAAAAAUCAAUUUUAUUUUUAAAACACUCAUAACUUUUGACAGCUUUUCUGUAUUUAACUGUUUUAUUAAUGUUUGAAAUCGUCAAGAAUCCAUCUAUCCGACAAUGUAUAGAUAUGUUGGGGUCCAAUGAAAGUGUUGACCGCUAUGACUAAGCUUACGGUAGAAAAAAAUCUUACUUUAAAAAAACGCCAUCCAAUUUUGGCUUUGCAUAGCUGUAUUUCAUUUCCCAAUGAACCGAUUUUCAAAACUCAAAUUUUAAUUUUUUGGCGUUGAUUUGAUCAUUAUUUUCAUAGAACAUACUUGGUCUGUCAAAAUUACCAGUUCACCAGUAUAUUUGAAUGAUGAUAAAGAUGUUUGAAAUGUGCGCUUCGGGUCAUAUUGACCCGAACGGCUUUGGAGGGUUAAGUAAAAACGCGACUUUUGGUUGCUUGGGAUAUUUUCUUCUUUGAGAAUUUCUAUAACCUUCGAAAUGAUGCAAUGAGGAAAAUUGAUAAAAUAAAGGAGUUUCCGUUGAAAAAACUGUGAAUUUGUUGUCAAAGACUGAGAAAAAGACGAAAGUUUUCGUAACAUUGAGAUUAGGAAUACUGGAAUUAUUUCAUACAACCAAAAACCAACAAACAUUGUCGGAAUUUUUGUAGAUUUGAGCAACUUUAAAAUUUUAAAAUUGUUUCACUGCGUUUUCGCAUAAACUCUCGUACAAAUAUUAUAAAAUGUCCACUCAUGUCCUUAAUGAAAAAAAAAAAGAUUUCAAAAAGUAAUUUUGGACCUGAAUGUCAAAAAAAAGGUCCCUAAAAAAGUAAUCGAUUAAUUCUUUUGAAUACAGACACAGUAUUUAAAAAAAAUCUUGUCGCUUUUGAAGGGAAAGCUUUAAAAUGAGAAAAAUCUACAAACAAUGACUAUUUGAAGUUUAUGGUAGAAGAAUGGCACAACCGGUGUCUUAAAUUUUCUCUUGACGUACUUGUUAUUUAUUUGUUAGCUAUCUCGAAAUCCAUCUGAAAGAUACAAUAUUUUGCACAUGUGAACAAAGUACAUCGAAAUCCUUUUCAUUUUAUAAUACUUGAUUCAUCAAAACAUAACUUUGCUGAAAAUGCAAAAGAAAAUAUCGCGUGUUUUUUCGAAUACAGUCCUUAAAACAGUUUAACAAAAAAUAUUGGCAUCUCUGGAAUGACAAUUUUUAAAGGGUUGGCAGUAAAAUUUUCAGACAGCUCAAAAUUCGAUUUUCGAUCCUCAUGUUAAAAAAAAUCUUUCUAAAGUUCAUGUGGACUAGUUUAUCUUUUUAUGUUUCCGGUUGAAGGAAACGUUAAAAACGAUAACGUCAUUAUAAAAACCGUUUAAAUUUUUAUUUUCAUCCUUACCUUCAACCACAAAUGUAUGUUUCGCAUGAUGUCCACGCCACCGACCAUUCCUCGAUGAUCAGAUACCUUAGAUUGCUUACGUAAAGAAGUUCCCAUCGGUAUUGUUAUUCUAGCUCCUAGAUAAUAAUUUAAUUGUUUAUAUCAAUUGACCUUAUUUGUUACAUAAAUCGCAUAAACAUUCUAAGUAGAUAAAAUCACAAACAGAUUUACAUUGGUCACGAUUUAAACAACGAAUAAUAAACACAAUAAUAUACACAGUAAAACUUGCCACCCACAAAAUAAAUACAAAUAAGCACUAGUUUAUAAGUUUUCCUUUUAAUGUGUUAGUAUGUUUUAGCUUCGCUUUUUACUGUAACAAUAAGAUUUAUCCAUAACAUCAGCAACUACUUUAUUUUAAAUUUGUCAGUUACAAAUUGAAAAAAAAACCAGAAUUUCAUAAAAAGAUCCCUCAUAGCUAUUUAUUUGUCAUUAUUUAACUUUCCAUUUCUCAUGUCUUCACCGUGUAACUUGCUUUAGUUUGUAAGUGGAUAUUAGUUUAAUGAUUUAUACAACACCACAAACGCAUACAUAUCAAACAGGAUUUUAAACCAGCUCAGCUUAUUGUGUAUUUAGAGAAUAUGUAUUUGCGACUAAGAAUGCUAGGGUUGAGUUGUGUUGAAUGUGUGUUUGUGAGAGCUGGCUAUUUUAAUAAUAAUAAAAAAGAGAAAUAAAGCUGAUUGUGAU